AUGCUUUCGAAGUCAAUGCCGAACGACUGCUCGGAAGAGUAUAUAUUUACGUCCUUAAAAGUCGCACAAGAACCUUCAGUAGUUGACUCAGCAUUACCCGCUAUUUAUUCAAGAAGAGUCCUGAUUUUCUCAACAAAUGACAAUCAUAGCAUCUCGGAAGCAGUUCGAGCCUUAUGCAAAGCAAUGGAAAUGCUUGUAGAGCGGUAUUCCGUACUAGCCAAUAGCGUGAGCUGUGCAUCGGGUACUUGGAGAUUCUCACCCGGCCAGGCAAGACUUAUCAUCAAAGAACUACCUUUGACUUUCAAGGAAUUGGAAGAUGCGAAUUUCUCAUCCAAGCUUUUAAAGCAUGAUGAGCUGAGCUCCGUUGUUGAGAUGGUGGACUUUGAAAAUAAUUGGGAUUGUUGUAAGAUUCAAGCAAAUUUCAUCGAAGGUGGUCUUUUGCUAUGCAUAUCGAUUUUACAUAUUGCUAUGGAUGGUGUGGUUAUUACACGGGUCAUACAAGACUUGGCACAAUAUACUUGUGAUAAUCGUGGACCGGUAGUGAAGAUGAUCCCAGCUGCGUUGGAUCGCUCUCGACUUUCGAGGUCGAGCUCCGUAGCGGACAUUGCGAAGAUGCCGGCUUUCUUGAUUUUGAAUGAAGCUUUUGAUUUUGCUUCAAGAGUAAAAGGUUCUAUUUCAUCGACAAUGUACAGGCUCAAGAAUGAGUCUGUGAAUCAACUGAAAUUAGAUUGUUCCGUGGGCUUACCACCCGAUUGUCCGUUCAUAAGUAGUCAUGACGCGGUUUGUGCACUCCUUUUUCGACAGAAGAUUAAAGCUCGUGUCAAGGCAGGCAUCAUCACUCCUGCUGACAUGGUUCAAUACUCAUUCCCUGUUGAAUUUCGAAGAACAAUACAUCCACCUUUACCAUCCGAUUUCGUCGGCAAUGCCGUCAUAUUCACAGGUACACCAUUUCUGUUAGUGGAAAACCUCCUGAAACCCGAAGGGCUAUCACUCGCGGCAGCCGCAAUUCGUCAAGGUAUUAGAGAUGUCGAUGCCGGUUUUAUCGAUAAUGCAAUUGCGGUAAUGGGAAGUUUGAAGGAUCCGAAAACACUUAACUAUUAUGGCGCGAUACAUGGUAAGACGACGGGAAUAACUUCCACUUCGUACAAAGGAUUUGUAAUGCCAAAUGAUUGGCAUCCUGCGAUUGGGGAAUAUCAACUCAUGAGAUUGUUACAUGGUGGGUUUGGUGAUGGUAUGUUUGUGGUGAUGCCAGUGAGGGACUCGGGGUGGGAGGUUAUUGUUACGUUGGAUGAGGUGGCCAUGGACGUCUUUGAGGAUCAGCAAUGGAAUGAAUAUACAGUCAAGAUAGAGGUGUAA